AUGGAAGAAGGAGAGGACAGUAGUUUGUGCAUUGACACAGACUCAGACGCAGCUGAUAAGAAGAAUGACAGUAAGUGCACAAUGAAAUGGACUCAAGAAGAGGUGAGUGAAAAGAACCUUGGGCGACUGUUGUCCUCAGUACGCCCUCAAAUAUAUGAGUCAGACAUUUAUUGAGCAUGUUAUCUGGAGCAGCUUUAUAGUUUUUCAUAGUGUGUCAGUGAUUAAAAUUCAAUGUUGCAUUCUAGCAACAGGAACCAAUCUAAACAGUUGCAUUUUUUCUAAAAAUAAACUGUUCAAUUAAUCAACUGUUACCUGGAAGCUGAUAUGUAAUCUCACCUUGAAAUCUGCAUAAUUUGAAUUUAUUUGUCUUUGAUUGCAGGAUGAAACUCUGAAAACCCUGGUCCACAACCUUGGGAAAACAGAUUGGAAAACCAUUGCCAGUUUUUUGCCUGUAAGGUACUCAGCUAAAGCAAUGUAAAGCCCCUGUGAGGAAUAUUUUGAUAUCUAUGAAAUUGACUACAAUUCAUAUUGAUACCUUUUCGUGGUAUCCAAAAGCAAACCAGACCACCAGCAACGAGACUGAAGAUUUUUACAGCCUGAAACUGCUGUGAAGGGGUAGAUGUUGCAGCUAAAGUAGCUAAAGAUAACAGCCCUAUUUUUUAAAUUUCCCUGUAAAAUUUUCACAAUAAAUGAUAAGCUUCACAGCCAAAGUCAGCAGAAUGAGAUAUUGUCAAAAUCACCACUUGAGCAUGUACAUGACAAGUUAAGCAAGGACUGCUCUGUCCACAGGGGUGCCCAUAUUGACACAAAGUUCCUCACAGGAGCUUUAACUAUGAAAGGAAAGAUUUAAUGGUUAAUGAAAAGGGAAAAAUCUUGCACCAUUUCAUUAUUAGGUCUCUUGACUGAAAAACAUAUCUAUGAAUUAUCUGUGAAUGAUCAUUUUAAUUGCAUAUCAUGUAACUCUACACACUUGUUGCUUGGAACAGGGGCGGACAGAAGUGCAAUGUAUGCAUCGCUGGGAAAAGUACUUGGAUCCUGAUAUAGUCAAGGGCUACUGGUCAAAAGAAGAAGAUGAAAUGGUGAGGCAGUUAUUUGACAAUAAUUGAUGUAAAUAUUGUCCCCUCUCUAUUUUACUCUUUAUUAACAACUGUAUUUUCCUGCACAGAUACUAGAAUUGGUGAAGAAGUAUGGCACCAAACACUGGAGUUUAAUUGCCAGGCACCUUAAAGGCCGGUUUGGGAAACAGUGUCGUGAGCGCUGGCAUAACCACCUCAACCCACUGGUCAAAAAGAGCUCCUGGACUGAUGAAGAAGAUCUCAUAGUCUACAAAGCCCAAUCCAUCCUAGGUAACCGUUGGUCGGAAAUUGCCAAGCUGCUUCCUGGAAGGUAGGUUGUGUUAAGUCAAAUAUUUUACUGAUGAGUAAUUUUUCAGUACCUUUUUAACCAGGAAAAAGACCAAGACUGAAACAGGUGGUUUACAUUUCUCCUGCAGGACUGACAAUUCUGUGAAAAAUCACUGGAACUCCACAAUCAGACGUAAAGCAGAGUUGGGUCUAUACAAAGAGGAUGCUAACAGCAUUUCCAUUGAUAUACAACAGUUUGUUGAAGGAGAGGUAAAGUUCUUGCUUGCUUCAGCACAUACUGUGCAUUUGAGAAAGAAAUUAAAACCGUAAUACUCAAUUUCUAACAGCUUCUUACUUGUCAUGCACUUAAAAAUACACUUUGAUCUAAUUUAUAUUUUUCAGCACAUUUUAUAAUAUUUUUAUUGCAUUCAUAUCCAAUGUUGUGUUACAGGGAGACUUGAAGUGUGAUGUGUUAGACACGGAACCUGUAACUCCAAGGCUGGUAAGCCUAUAGUCUUUGAUAUUCUUUUAUGUCCCAGAAACGUUUAUGUGUGUCAAAUAAAAAUGACUUCACACAGAAAGUCAGUAUAAAAACUGUGUUUAAGUAGUCUUGGAUAGUUAAAUGGUAUUUAGUUUGUCAAAUGUUAAAUGAUCUUCUUCCAUGAUUUUCCCGUUUGACAGGCUAGAUGUCACUUUGUUAUUCUUUGGUCAGCUGCAGGUUAGGCAAGAGAAGGAGGCAAAACGGAUAAAGCAUAAUCAGAAGACAGCUGUUCCUGUUCCACAAACUUCGGACACAUUGAGAGAAUUUUCCCCCCCAAGUCUGUCCCAUUUGAGUCCCAGUCCCAGCUCCAGUGCUGGUGCUGCAAGAGCAGCUGGGCCAAUGGACAGCAAAAAGAUUGUUGAUGCAGCACUGAAGAUGAUUGCUGAAGACAUGCUUCCUCUUAGGUGACUUGUAGACUCAUCUGUCCUGUUGCUAUACUUGCACAAAAAUUAAUUAAUGUUUAAGUUGACUUCUAUUUACCACUUAGAUUGUUCGCUUAUCAUGUACAUGUACAGUUACAGUGUAUCUUCAUUCUGUUCUCCACAGUUUUGUUGAAGGCACAGGCUUCAGGUCAUUCAUCAGCACCAUUAGACCUGAAUCCAGCAAGCUAUCUCAGCGUGCCAUUGGCUUACAGCUAUAUGAUGAUGUGGAGAGAACUAUCAAGCCUCAGCUCAUCCGUGACCUUCAGUCUUGUCUUGCCAAAAGUUUACGGGAUGAUGGUAUCAUUCAUGUUACCCUUGACCUCUGGGCAGGGGACCAAUCCCAUCCAGUGGAGGAGCCCAUUAUUGUUGUACAACUACACUUUAUCAACGAUUCUUGGCAGAUCCAACGUCCCAUUGUUGCACUCCGUUAUCUCAGCCACAAAACCCUUAGCACCGCUUUAUCCAGGGAGCUUGAAGGUGUGCUGUUAAGCUUCGGCAUAUUUCCUCACAGUAUUGGCUUUGUACUCGCCAACCAUGCCAAGGAAGCCAUCACCAAAAAUGACAUAUUCUGUGAUUACAAAAUCAUGUGCUCAUCAAAUAGGGGAGAUCCAGAUGGAGAUGAAAUAGUGGCAUUUUUGUCUGACCAGAUGCCCAAAACACAGUCCCCUUUUUCAGGGCUGCAGAUUGGGACCAAGGCCACCUGUGUUGGAGACACACUGCAGCUUGUGAUUAAAGAGGCACUGAAGAACUCAAGAGAUGUAGAAAAUCUUCUCUCACAGGUCCACAACGUGGUGGCCUUUUUUAGAAACAGUGUCUAUUGGAGUGAGGUAAGAGAAACGGGGACUUUGACCGUUUUGGUAGUGCCUAUUACCCUCAAAUUUUCUUUUAGCAAAAGUACCACUCAAAAGUCAAUAAGUCUGUUUAACUGUUUCAGAAUUUAAAAGAUCUUGACCUUUUCUAAUUUGUGUCCUUAACAGGAAGGCUUGUUCAGAAUGUUUUCAGGAAAGGUUUCAGGGGCUUGAGAGAUAAUCAAGCAAAUAAGACAUCUGCAGUUUUUGGUCUCAACAACAAAUCUCACUCAUUUUUUUAAAAGAUUUCCAAGUUAACUGAAAAUUAUACACAAUCAAUAACAAAUCAAACCUCUAUGGGCCUUUGGUGACAUUUUACCUUUUACUGCAGGAGAGUAAAUGUUGACCUUUUUCAAAACUUACAUUUUUUAAGGCCACAUAUUUACAUGAUACUUCCUAAUCUUAAUUGUUCUCUUUUCUGUGUCCUAUUUAACUUUUAAUUUACAAAAUCUGUUCUUCUGGUUCCAUUUAACAUGAGAGCCAAAUUUGAUUUGUUAUGAAGGAGACAUUUCAUACCUCAGUAUAUUUUAAGUAGGACAUCUGCCCGUGUGUGUGCAGCGCAGUUAAAUAGCACCUCCCCAUGAUAGAUACAGGGUUAAAAGUAAGGAGUAGAAUAAUUUAAUAAUUGAUUUAUCAGUGUAUUAUUCUUCAGGAUAGAUACAAUAGUAAAGAUUGAAAACUGAGUAACAUUGACACAUUGUUUUCUAAGUUGCUGUAACUAGGUCUGUAUGUGGUUGUAGGACAUAAUGAUGUGCAUUAAUCUGGAGUGGUUAUUUUAACACUUUUUAUUAUUUUUUUUUUAAAAACAUUAAUAGAAAUUUAAAUUAUUUUGACAGCCUUAACUUUUGGACAACAUUUCUCCUAUCCUGUUGUUUAGGUUUUAUUGAAGGAAUGCAACAUCUCUCUGUGCCCACCCUCCAGCAGUUGUCGCUGGAACUCUUUGAUGCUCUCUUUGAACCGAAUGGUGCAGGAGUCUGUUUGGAGUGCCAUAAUGACUCUCCUAGCCCAGGCUCGCAUAGAAGCUAAUGACACUGCCAGCGCCCCACCUCUGGUCAGGGUUAAGAGAGAGCAAGUGAUUGACAUUCUUAGUCUCCUGGAGCCCUUUGGUGAGACCUUGCAGGUAAAAGAGAAAGUUAUAAUGAAAGAGAUGAUUACAUAGGGUUAGGUCAUAUUAUGACCUAUCAGUCUAUUCUACUCUCUUGCUUUUGAGUGUGAUAUUGAAUUUACAUGGUUUUAGAUUGCAUGAUGGUGUUAAUUGCUUGGUUUUCUCAUGUAUUUCCCUCUGUAUAAUUCCUCUGUUUCUUCUUUGAACCCAGGUCUUGCAAGGUAGUGGAGCAACCAUCUCUUUUAUUAUACCCUCCCUCAUUGACCUUGACAAGACCUUGCAGAAUCGUGUCACAAACUAUGCUCAUUUCAACAACGCUCUGCGCACAGGCCUUCACACACACUUCCAGGCAUUGAUUCACCAGAAGGACAUAAUAGCAGCUGCUGUCCUUGACGCACGGAUCAAACUGCAGGUAUUUGAAAAAGGGCACAAUUAUUUUUUUGAUUUAGUUUGUAGACAGGACUGGGAAAACAAAGCUUUCAGCAGAGGUUGCAAAUCUGCAUAAAAAUUGCAUCUUUUAUGUAGACUUUGAUAAUAUUUUUAAGGUUACAAAGUUGCAUCUGAAAGCUGUGCAUAAAGAGAAAUAAAUUAUUCCUAUCUUCCGUCAUUACCAGAACUAAUAUGUUUAACUUUUUUCCAGCCUUUCUCUGAUGGUGAAGUUGGGGAUGCAGUAGGUUUCCUAAUGCCCCUGUCGAAGUAUCAGGCUUAUAGCACCAUGGCAGCCAUGUUACUAAGUCUGCAGGACUCUGAUAAAAAUGAGCAGGAUGAAGAGGAGAGUCAAGCCAGUUCACUGAUGGAGGAGUCUGGGGUUCCCUCAAACAACCGAGACAAAGUCAGCGAAAAUGGUCUUAAGCGCAAGUCCAUCUAUAACACCCUCCAGCCGCCUGCUAAAGCCAUUAAGGUAAUGGAACUUGAUGUCUACCUAUCAGAACCACUGUGGGAAGGCAACUCCAGCUUGUCUUACUGGAAAUCUGCUAAUCAGUUCCCAAAACUCCAGGGCCUUGCUAUGAAGCUGUUAGCAAUACCAGCCACCACAGGAGGCUUUGACAGGCUCUGCCCCAUGGCCGCCUGUAUUGUGAAAGCCAAGAGAAACCGCCUGCCACCUCACACCACAGAAAGACUGAUUCUAUACAAAAACUCUUUGAAGACAAAGACUAUUAAAAAGUGCAGUGGGGUUGCCAAACACUGA